UUGGUGCAAAGGUUGGUAUGUAGAAAUGAGAUGAACUGAGUAUGAAAAACUUCUACCUCACACACAGUGAACCCUGACAAUAUUAACUGAUAAAGUACAUUGAGGAAAAGAUUACAGCAUGGAUCAAGUUCUAACAGCACCUGUAUUAAUUGGAAUAUCUAUAGUAGUGAUCACCGUACUGUUCCUCAUCCUGAAGCCAGGAGGCUCUGAGGGAGGACAAAAGCAAAACAAGUUUCCAAAAACCUUGCAGGAUCCCAAUGUGAAAUAUCCAUUGCGACUAACAGACAAAGAGGAAAUUACUCACGACACCAAAAAAUUCCGCUUUGUUUUACCGUCCUCUUCUCAUGUACUUGGUCUUCCUAUCGGUCAGCAUGUUUACCUGUCUGCAAAGGUGAAUGGGAGCCUGGUUAUCCGAGCAUACACACCUGUGUCAAGCGAUGAAGACCAGGGAUACGUUGAUCUAGUUGUAAAGGUGUACUUUAAAAACACCCACCCAAACUAUCCGGAUGGGGGCAAGAUGUCUCAAUAUUUGAAUGAUAUGAAGAUUGGAGACACUAUUGACUUCAGGGGGCCAAAUGGGUUACUGGUAUACAAAGGAAAUGGAAAAUUUGCUAUCCGACCUGAUAAGAAAUCGGAACCCAAAGUGCGGAAGUUUCGACACGUUGGCAUGAUUGCUGGUGGAACAGGCAUAACCCCAAUGCUGCAGUUGAUUAGGAGCAUAACAGCAGAUCCAACUGACAACACCAAGUGCUCCCUUAUAUUCGCCAACCAAACUGAGAAGGACAUAUUGUUACGGAAAGAGCUGGAAGAAGUUCAUCAAAAUCACCCUGAUAAACUCAAUCUGUGGUACACACUGGACAAGCCCUCAGAAGGGUGGAAAUACAGCAAAGGGUUUGUUGAUGCUGACAUGAUAAAAGACCAUCUUCCGCCUCCGGCCAGUGAUGUGCUCAUCGUGAUGUGUGGCCCACCCCCCAUGAUCCAGUGUGCAUGCCUGCCAAACCUUGACAAGCUAGGCUACAAAACAGAGAACAAUUUUACAUACUGAGUUUUUGGUCACCGAUUAGUGGAUCUGGCAAGCAUGUAUGUUCUAUGGUUUACAUCUUUGAGGCAAAAUGUCACAAUUAAUGCCAGAUGUAGUUUUAAUAAUAAAUCAUUUGUAAUACA